AUGGCCAAGAUAUACUUACGCGAAACCUGGUCCCGCAAGCUCGGAUGGGAUGACCCACUUCCAGCAGAACUUUGCAACAAAUGGUCCAAUUUCUUCACUGCUCUUUUCAAACUUCAGCGUUUGUGUUUGGAGCGAUGCUUACGACCUGGGAAUAGUGAUGGACGCCCUUGGUUAAUAAUCUUGAGCGAUGGUAGUGAUCUCGCGUAUGGCUUCGCAGCUUACAUUCGAUUGAAAAUGGAUGAUGGAAGCUACUGGUGUAGGUUGAUCAUGGCGAAGUGUCGUAUUGCUCCAAUCAAUAAGUUAUCUACCCCUCAGAUGGAGUUAAACGCAGCUGUUCUGUCGAAAAGAGUAAGAAAGGUCAUCGAGAAAGAAAUGAGGUUCGACUUCGAGAGAGUUUUACAAAUCGUGGACUCAGAAACAGUCUUGAGUAUGAUCCACAAGAUUAGCACACGUUUCAAAGUUUACGAGGGGGUAUGAAUCGGAGAAAUCCAAGCAGCAACUGGAGGAGAUCUGACUUGCUGGGCUUUGAUGUCUGGCCAACAUAAUACAGCUGACUGGUUGACACACGGCAGAGCACCAGAAGAGCUGAACAACGAUUCUCAUUGGUGGAAUGGACCGCCGAUUCUAUACCGACCGAUAGAAGAAUGGGGAUUAAAGUUUAACUCAAAGAAAGAACCACUCCCCGGUGAAAAGAAAGUCCAUGUUAUAGCAGCAGCGAGCGUAGAGGCAUUGGUGAUCGAGUAUGAAAGAUUCAGCAAUAUCAACAAAGCUAUUUGGGUCGUCGCCUGA